GAUACGUAUGACGUGGCCCAUUGUGGCGUCAAGUGUGUUGUUGUCGGAGCCAGAACUCAGGAUGUCAGACAGUGAAGCCCCCGGUGUGACCGCUGGCAGUUCAGACAUGGCAGACAAGGCCUUGCCUGCUGGGACACCAGACCACUCCUCGCCCACCACAGCUGCCGAUGUCUCCGUGGACAACUCAACAGACGUCGCCCCGACGAGGAAAGCCCGGAGGAAAGUAGAGGUCAAACCUCCCACCGAGGUCAAGGAGACUCAGGAGACCACCAAAACAGAAGAACUACCGAGCAAGACCUCCAAUGAGUCGACUGUGCUUCAGGGUGGAUGGGGCUACUGGGGUAGCUGGGGAAAAUCCAUAUUAUCAACUGCCACCGCUACUGUGGCCACCGUGGGUCAGGGGCUCACCCAGGUGAUUGAGAAGGCUGAGACCUCGCUGGGCAUCCCCAGCCCCACCGAGCUAUCAGCCCAGCAGAAGGAAGAGGAGGAGGGGAAACAACAGGGGGAAGCCGGUGAUGACACGGAUGAGGGAGCAGGAGACGGGACAUCGGCGGUGGGGAGUGCCAUGGGGAUGCUGUCUUCCCUCACCAGCGUGGUCCAGAGCACUGGUAAGACGGUGAUAACAGGCGGGCUAGACGCCCUGGAGUUCAUUGGGAAGAAGACCAUGGACGUGAUAGCAGAGGGCGAUCCCGGGUUCAAGAAGACGAAGGGUCUGAUGAACAGGACAUCCACCUUGUCCCAGGUGCUGAGGGAGGCGAAGGAGCGAGAGGAGCUGCAGACGGCGGAGGGAGAGUCAUGUGACACGCAGAAGAAGACGGUAGCUCAUUAUGGCAUGCUGUUUGACGAAUACCAGGGGCUGUCCCACCUGGAGGCUCUGGAGAUCCUGUCCUGUGAGAGCGAGUCCAAGGUAAAGUCGGUGUUGAGCACUCUGUCAGGAGAAGAGCUGGCUGAGCUCAGGGUGGACCUGCAGCUGAUCCAGACCCCUUUCUCUCUGGUCGAGUUUGACGAGGAGGAGGUGGACGAGAACAGAGAUGAAGAUGGGACAGACUUCCUGAAGGAACUGACAGAAGCCUUGGACAGGCUUCACAUUUCUGCCUCAGCAGACAAACUUGGCAAGGCCUGUAAGGACGCCCGCAGCCAGAUUAGUGAAAUGACCACACCAGGAAGAGAGGAGGAGGACACCACAAGCACGCCUUCUGUAGAGGAUGUCCAUGCAGCAGCCAUCAGGAGCCUGGCAGAACUGACGGCCCGCUCUAUCCAGCAGUUCCACAAGGUGGCGGAGAUCCUCCUCUUCUCCACCAGCAGGUCAGAGGUCAGCGCCAAGGACCAAGCCACAGUCCUUUCUCAUAUCACUGUUAUUCUAUGUAAAGAAAUCUCUCUACUCUCCAAGAGGUUCACGCAUUGCCUGACCACUGUGGGGUCGGGGGAGAAGGGAGACGUCCUCAAUCCUCUGAUAACGGGAGUCUUCUUAGAGGCGUCCAACAGUGCGUCUUACAUCCAGGAUGCGUUCCAGCUGCUGAAGCCGGUGUUGGAGGUCUCCCACAUCCAGCGGGGCGCCGUCAGCCCAGCAGUGACCAGUUAAACCGUCAACAUCGCCCCCUGGUGGUGCCAGUGCAACUGGGACUGCCUAGUAGAAACGACACAGCUUUACAUUUGAUGGGGGGGGGGGCUUGAGGGGAGGGCUGCUUCAGCAUCUAUUCAGCAGCCAUGAUGAGUUCCAGCCAGACUCGGUCUGAUGCCCGCAGACAGACGUGUGUUCCUCCUGUUGUGUGUCCUGUGUGGGUGGUUGCAGUGCCGUGUGUUGUGUGUGCAGCAAAGUAAAUGGACUCGUACAGUCACAGCACUGAGGACAUUAAAGAAGAGCAGCUCUCUGAAGGACAGACGGCAGUAAAGGUUGCCGGGCGCCAUUAAGGAUUACACAGACUAAAACUUCCUGAUCACUACAGCACCGAGGGACUUCACUGUGCUCAGUUUUCUCAGCAUCCUUCGUCACAGCAUGGCCAAUAGUCACAG